AUGGCAUUUGGCCGAGGUGGGAAGAUGGACGGCCGCCGGCCGUCCUCGUCGUCGUCGUCGUUCUGCACGACCACCACGGUCGUCGUCUUUGUGGCGCUCUGCCUGGUCGGCGCGUGGAUGAUGACCUCGUCCACUGUCUUCCCGCUGGAGAUCUCGUCGAAUAAGAAGCCGGUGGUGAAGCAGCAGCCUGCGCCUGGCAAUUUCGGGGCGUCACAGGAGACACCAUCUGGCAAUGCCGGUGAAGGUUCUGAGAAAUUUGAGGACACCGACAACAACAAUGCCAUGGUCCCGGAGGAGCCGAAUAACAAGGAUGCCCCUGAGGAAGAGAAGUUCACUGAGAAGCCUGAAGAGAAGGAGCCGGAAGUGCCGACAGAGAAAGCGGAGACCAAGGAUAUGUUUGAUGAUGCAAAUGGAAAAUCAGAAGGGCGGUCAGAUGACACGAAGAAUGAUGGUGAUAGGGAGAAGAAAGAUGAUGAAAUCACAAAUGAGAGUGGUGAUGAAAAACCUGAUGGUGAGAGUAAGGACGAUCAAGAAGAGAAGUCUGAAGGUGAUUCCACUCAGGAGGAGCAACCUCAAAUAGAAGAGAAGGUGGAAGAAAAUGGAGAGAAGGAUCAGAGCUCAAACUCCAACGAGAAGGCUAUCAAGAAGCUUCGAACUACCAAACAUUAUGAACAUCGUGAGAGGCAUUGCCCUGAGGAGCCUCCUACCUGCCUUGUUCCACUCCCAGAAGGAUACAAACGCUCUAUUGAAUGGCCAAAGAGCAGGGACAAGGUAUGGUACAGCAAUGUUCCUCACACUAAGCUCACAGAGUACAAGUGGCAUCAAAAUUGGGUUAAGGUCUCAGGUGACUAUCUCCUGUUCCCUGGGGGUGGGACUCAGUUCAAGAAUGGUGCCCUCCACUAUAUUGAUACUAUUCAGCAGGCAUUGCCUGAUAUUGCAUGGGGCAAACGAAGCCGCGUCAUUUUAGAUGUCGGUUGUGGAGUUGCCAGCUUUGGAGGCUACAUGUUUGAUAGAGAUGUGCUUACCAUGUCUUUUGCUCCGAAAGAUGAGCAUGAAGCUCAAGUACAGUUUGCAUUAGAAAGGGGAAUUCCAGCAAUUUCAGCUGUGAUGGGCACCAAGAGACUUCCAUACCCCAGCAGAGUCUUUGAUGUCAUUCAUUGCGCUCGUUGCAGGGUCCCUUGGCACAUUGAAGGUGGCAUGCUUUUGCUGGAAUUGAACCGCUUGUUACGCCCUGGUGGUUACUUUGUAUGGUCUGCCACUCCUGUUUACCAAAAGCUCCCAGAGGAUGUUGAGAUUUGGAAUGCCAUGUCCACUUUGACAAAGUCCAUGUACUGGAAGAUGGUCAACAAGACUAAGGAUAAGUUAAACCAAGUUGGUAUGGUCAGAAACCAAUGGACAACAUUUGCUAUGAGAAAAGAACUGAAAACAGCCCACCAUUGUGCAAGGAAUCUGAUGAUGCAGAUGCUGCUUGGAAUGUACCUUUGCAAGCAUGCAUGCACAAACUGCCUGGUGGCUCAAAAGUUCGAGGAUCAAAAUGGCCAGAGUUAUGGCCGCAAAGGCUUGAGAAGACCCCUUUUUGAAUUGAUGGUUCCAAGGUUGGUGUCUAUGGAAAGCCCGCAAAUGAAGAUUUUGAGGCAGAUAAUGCUCACUGGAAACGGGUUUUUUGCUGCAGCUCUGAGGGACCAAAAGGUCUGGGUCAUGAAUAUUGUGCCGAUUGAUUCACCAGACACACUGCCCAUCAUUUACGAGCGUGGUUUGUUUGGUAUGUACCAUGACUGGUGCGAGUCUUUCAGCACUUACCCAAGAACUUAUGACCUUCUGCACGCGGACCAUCUAUUCUCAAAGCUCACAAAGAGUGUUUCAGAUACUAAAUCUGUGUUGCUUGUUUACAGAUGCAAAUUGACGGCAGUUUUUGCCGAGGUUGAUCGUGUCUUGAGGCCACAAGGCAAACUGAUUGUGAGGGACACUGCAGACACAAUUAAUGAACUGGAAAGCAUGGCCAAGUCCCUGCAGUGGGAGGUGCGAAUGACCUACACCAAGGGCAACGAGGGCUUGCUCUGCGUCGAGAAGUCGAUGUGGUGGCCCAAGGAACUUGACGCAAGCACGUGA